GCACGGUAACACCCCACGCCUCUCGUGCCAGAACGGAUCCCGGUGAAACAUAAUACCGCUGAUCCGGGGGAAGGUACCUUACAAGUAUGACGGGUGGAAGGGACGGGACCGGGCUGCACACACGACAGUAAGGUGGAUACUAAGGCUUUGCCCCACUUGGCUCCGGCGCGAUUCCACCACCCACUUGAGGAAAAUGGCCAUUACCUCUACCUAGCCUCGCUUUCUUUCAACGCCCGUACAACUCCUUAACAUCUACAAAUCGAGAAUCGCGUCGCGCGCACCGGAAAAUCGCUCAUCGCAAUUCACUUGCGCACAAAUCGCCCACGAUGUCGACUGGCAUGGAUCAACGCGAGCUUGAGUCCUGCAUCAAGCAGCUCAAUAAGGUCGUACAGGCCAACGAGCCUCCUGCGACCGCUCUUGCUCUCCUUGAACGACUCAAGAAGGAGGCUGCCCCCACGGAAGAGAUGCUUCGGUCUAGCAGAGCAGGUGUCUUCGUCGGCAAGCUUCGCCAGAACUCGAACAAGGAAAUUGCUCGCGCCGCUACAGAGCUCGUCCACAAGUGGAAGAAGCUGGUCGAAGCCGAGAAGCAGGGCAAGAUCAAGAAGGGAUCGUCUCCGGCUGCUCCGUCGCCGACCCAGGCCCCGGCCCCGAAACCGUCUUCGUCAUCUGCGCUGAGCCAACCCUUCAAGGGCAACACCGAGACUCGCCGCGCUAAGGCCGAUGGCGCCGACGUGAAGCGCACUAAUGAUGCUGUUCGCGAUUCCUGCAUCGAACUCCUCUACAAUGGCCUCGCAUACCGAUCCACCGCUUCCGUCAACGAUGUUCUCCAUAAGGCCAUCGAGGUUGAGUUGGCUGCCCACAGCCAUUUCAAGGGCGUCACCAAGGACUAUCGCGAGAAGCUGCGCUCCCUGUUCAGCAACCUUAAGGUCAAGAGCAACCGCCAGCUUGGCGUCAAUGUUAUGGAAGGCAAGAUCACUCCUGCUCGGUUCGUGGUCAUGACCCACGAGGAGCUCAAGUCGGAAGAGCAGAGGAAGAAGGAGGAUGCUCUGCAGCAGGAGAACAUGAAGAAGGCUCAGGUUCCCAUGGCCGAGAAGAGUAUCAGCGAUGCUCUCAAGUGCGGCAAGUGUGGCCAGAAGAAAGUCAGCUACAGUCAGGCGCAGACUCGCAGUGCUGAUGAACCGAUGACGACAUUCUGCGAGUGUACCGUAUGCGGUAACCGCUGGAAGUUCUCUUGAGCGUACGAUUCUGGAGAGGAGGUUUCGAUUUUUUCAACUGACGGCGUGAUUUUCACUUAUACCCCGUUAUUGAAGCACGGGAUUAUGGUCCUGCAUUUGGCACUCGGGAGUGCGGGCUUGGUUGGUAUGGAGUUGGGGAAGAGGAAUGGUCCUCCGUAUUUUCUCCUUUAUUGAUUCAUUUUGCUCUGCCCUUGAACAUAAAAAGCUUCGGGCAUCAGAUGCAUGUGUGGCUAUCGAUGAUCGGUUUCACAGAGAGCGAAUUACACUUUAGAUGGGGGGCUUGAUUACUCCAUAGCCAUGUGGCCUGUAUUAGGUUGAGGCUUGGGAGCAAUCGACAUCUUGCAAAGUGCCUAACUGGCAUUGGCUCACUACCUUAUUACAUCGCCCCUGAUCCUUACCACAUUCACUUGAAGUGCUCUCUAUCUGAUGACAUCAUGGCGCCACAUUAUGUGCUUUCCAAUACAAUAUACCCUUGUCGCCACUGCUGAGGGAUAUAUGGGGGGAUUCAGAAGAAGACUUUUCUGCAGUGGACAUUGCGACAACUGAGUGUUCAUCUCGUACACAGGGUGAAAGACCUGCAGCCAUUGGGAACCCGGGCAGGGAAUAGCAAAGCAGUAUGGAGAGGGAGUUGAUCUAUUAGUGGUGUGUAUCAUUACUUCUUCGCCGGGUCGAUCUUGAGCACUGAGAAUAGAUCAGCUGAGUGAUCGUCCUCCUCCAGGCCCAUCGCCGCCACAUGCUUCCAAAACUUGCUGAGAUGUCUCGUGCCAGAGUCGCACAGGAUAGUGACGACCUGGCUGCCCUCAGGAAGCCUCGAGGCCGCCACGACCGCCGCAACGCAGUUGACCGCGCUGCUGCUGCCGGCGAAAAUGCCGUCGUUCUCCACCAGCCACCUCGCCAUGCGGCACGCCUGCUCGUCCGUGACCUUGAUCGCGUCGUCGAUGAGCUCCCUGCCGGCCUCAAAGUUCUCCGUGACGCGGUUGAUGCCGAUGCCCUCUACGAUGGUGUCGACCUGCGUCCGCCGCCGCGUGCCCUCCUUCUCGGUGCUCGAGUACAUGACGCCGUGCCGGAUCUUGUUGUACAACCCGCUGCCCUGGGGGUCCGCCAGCACGACCUGCAGGCCCGGCACGUUGGCCUCCUCCUUUAGGUACUUGGCCACGCCCGCGAUGGUACCGCCCGUCCCCGCGCCGGCGACAAAGGCGUCCAGCUUCCCGCCGGUCUGGUACACGAUCUCCGGACCGGUGGUGUGCAGGUGCGCCGCAAAGUUGGCCGGGUUCUCGAACUGGUCCGCAAAGUAGCCGACACUGCCGUCGCCGGCCUUGGCGGCGUGCUCCAGCGCGCGACGGCGGGCGAGGUUGACAAAGUGCUCCGGCGACGCGAUCGGCGCCGGGUCCACGCGCUCGACGGUGGCGCCCAGGUGACGGAGCAGGUCAACCUUUUCCAUGGCCAUGUCGUUGGGCAUGCAAAUGUGCGCGCGGUAGCCCCUCGCGCGCGCGAGCGUCGCCAGGGAGAUGCCCGUGCUGCCGACGGUGCCCUCGUAGAUGGUGUCGCCGCGGCCGGGGACGAGCUGGCCCGCGGCCUCGGCGCCCUCGAUCAUGGACAGCGCAACACGGUCCUUGGGCGUGUUGCCGGCCGCGUUCAGGAACUCUGCUUUUGCGAGGAUGACGCGCCCCGUGGCCUCGCUGAGGGAGCGGAUCUUGAUGAGGGGCGUGUUGCCGAUGGCGCCCGCCACGCCGUCCGCGAUCAGCGGCGGGUUCCAGGCGGAACCGCCGAGGGUGGUGAGAAGAGCGGCAGCCGCCGCUUCAUCGGCUUCGGAUGCAGUCUCGUGGUCUUCGAGUUGCACGGGCGGGCCCCAGAAGAGGCUGCUACGCCGCGAGGGGUCCGCGGUGGAUGUGUUGUUGCGCGCGCGGCGGUUGCGACGGCGCUGGUACCGGCGUUCGAGGUCCGGAUAAAAGUCUUUGAAGCCUAGGGUGACGAGAAUGCCGGCCGUGAAGGCGAGCGCUAGGGCGGCCGAGCCAUAGGCUUUGGGAUGGUUACUCAGAGACAUGUUGUCUGUGUCAUGUGUCGUGCUCCAUCGUCCGCGUUACUCUUCCCGCGAGCUCUUGUUGUUGUCGUCGUGUAUCUCUUGACGAGACGUGGUUGCGGUAUCGGAAAACAAAAACACUGACAGGUGCUCGGCGCAUGAAUUUCAACCAUCUUAUUCUACAGGGGAUUUGCCCGCUAAACUGCAGGUGAUGUCAUUUUAGCUCUUCUAGACCCCUGCCUUUCAGCCUCAACGGUGCCUCUGUGACCGUCCACCGCGCUGUGCCUCC